AAACAAGGAUUUUAAUAAAAUUAAAUUUAUGGAAUUUUUAAAAGUUUACAUAAAUGUUUUCGAAGUAUUCGGUAUAUUGCCAUAUGCGGGCACGGAUUGUUGUUUACGUUACGGCCAGAGGUGUUGGUGUGUCGUCCUGUUGCUGGGCAUUUGGAUAAUGUGCAUGGCCGAAGUGUGUGCCAUAGAUGCGAAGCUGACCUCAAUGGAGAAAUUUUUAUUUUUUUGUGAACUUUUUCUCUAUGCGAUACUGUGUUGUGUCAUCUAUUUCAAUACAUUUUUCAAUAAUAAUGCCUUAAAGGAUGUUGGUUUGAGGAUAGCAAAAAAUUCGGAGCGCCUAAAAGCAUGCUAUAAAAUGUUGGGAGAUGGCAUUGUUAUGGAAAACAUGUACUUACGUAUCAAGAGAGAAGUUCAAGUUCUAGCCGUUUGCUUGAGUCUCUUUCAAAUCCUGUGCAUUACCAUCAAUAUGUUGUAUCGUCCGACGUUCAAGUGGGGCCUUAUACGCCCCCUACUGGCCUAUAAUAUACCGAAUAUUUUAAUCAAUUUCAAUUUAUGUCUCUAUUGGCUAUUACUACGAUUUAUUGCCCAUCAGCUGCAAUGUAUCAACGGCAUCCUGAAAUAUUUACCCCAAGUGAGGAGCGGCGUCGAAGAAGAGAGUUCUUCGAUUUUAUAUCCAACAUCAUUGUGGUUCCAAAAGGAAUUCUAUGGCAGUAAAAGUUAUCGCAAGACUAUGCCACAUAAUGUUCAUGGCAUUUUUCUGAAGCUGCAGAAAAUCAAUGCGGAUCUGUAUGGUGUCCUAACGGCAAUUGUCGAAAUAUUCCGCAUAGUUUUGGUAUUGAAUUUCCUGACAUCAUUUGUGGUCCUGACCAUAGAGUUUUUCUCGCUUUACAAAUAUUUCGAUAAUCCCUCGUUGAAUGAAUUAAUUUUGGUCAUUUUCAAAUUUGUUUGGUUGUUCCUGCACACCAGUCGGAUAUUUUUUGUUCUGCUCACCAAUUAUGCCAUCACCAAAAAGAAAUGUCAAACUCUUUACAUUCUGAAUGGCACGCCCUUGGAAAUCUUUGAAUCAGAAAAUGACAUCAGCAAAUUUCUGCUACAAAUUAUGGUGCGAAAUCACACGGAGACCGCUUGUGGAAUUGUAGAUUUGGAUUUGAUGUUCCUUUUGGGGAUCAUAAACGCCCUGGCAAUGUAUAUUAUAUUCCUGAUACAAAGUGAUUUGGGUAAUGCUUCGCUUAAUGAGACCUUAUUUAACACGACGACCACCUAAAAAGGACUAACAAAGGAAGCUACCAUCACAAGCGGAAUUACUAACACAUAU